CGCGCGCGCAUCUAACCGCUGCGGAUGUGUGCACCUUUGAGCGGGUAGUAUUUUGCGUUCGUCGCGAUGGCUUCGAUUGUAAAAUGCAAUACGUGCAAUAUUGUUAUAGACGAGCUAUUAGCAUAUGUGCAAAAUAAAGUGUCGAUCAUGGACGAAGAUAGUUUAAAACGAAUUUGUGUUACGUCGUUUAAAAGUGAUGAAAUUAAGAGAUCAAAAACAUUACUAUUUGAAUCUCUUCCCGCUGACAACAAACGAAUUAUUUCACGUAAAGGCAAGGCGAAAGAAAACCGAGAUAUAGAGGAUAUUAUUAAUUUUUUCAAGGGAUCUGAUCACGUCACAAGACCAGUGUUUGUAGCUAGACAGUUGGAAAAACUUCCUCCGUUAACAUUUAAUAGUGUGGAUGUAACGAAACUCUUAAAGGAUUUGUUGGUUCUACAAAAUGAGGUAAAGGAUCUUAGAGAAAAAUGUGUAACAGUUGAUCAGCUUGAAAACAUAAAGAAAGACAUAAAGAAAGGAUUCUCUGAGGAUGCCCUUGACUCAUCGCCGGCUUUGCAACAUCGAAAUGUAUGGGUCAAUACAAAGCGAGGUGCCUGCCUUGACAGUGGACCCAUGGGAUUGUCACAGAUAAAUGCAUCACCGGAGAACAACUCCUUGCUUGCCUCUUCUUCUAAAACACCAACGGAAUCUCGCAAGAUAAACUACCCGACACCAAAAAAAACAACAAAUAGCGACAGCGCGGUGGCGGCGGCGUUGGCAGCGGAGGAAGGGAGCGGGAAGGCUUGUACGGCCGGUACUGAUAACACGGAGGGGUCAAUAGCCGGCAAUUUAUCUGAGCAGCUGAUCGAUACCGCUACACAUGUCAAUAUAUCGCCUUUAUCAGAGAACGCGAAUAGAAAGUCUUUUGUUGACAUUCUUAAAACUGACGGAGAGUGGAAGACGGUGCCAACGGGACGUCAAAAACAACAAAAGAAUACCUAUCGUUACCUCGGAAGAGUAGGUGUCUCAGGUGACAAACCUGGCAGGUUUCGAGCGGCCGAGAAACAUGUUCCUAUAUUUAUUACAAAGGUACAUAAGGAUACUACGGAGCAAGAUAUAGCUGACUAUAUAUUUGAGCAAACGAGCGUACAUAUAAGUCUAGAUAAAAUUACGACUAGCAAAGAAAAACAUUACCACGCAUAUAAGUUUUUUGUGCCUGAAAGUAAAUUACCCAUAUUUCUAGAUAGUAAACUUUGGCCUGAGAAUAUUAUAUUCAGAAGAUUUACAAACUUUCGGUCAAAGUAUACGAGCAUUAGAGCUGCAGACGGCCUAUGUAUUUUACUAGAUGACAAGAAGUCUUAAUUUAGUUAGCUUUAAUUGCAAGAAUGUUAAGCGGUCGGUGCAGGCAAUCCGACAGCUAUGUAAAAGGUCGGAUAUAAUCGCGCUGCAGGAAACGUGGUUGAGAAAGGACGAAAUUGCCUACUUGGCCGACAUAGAUGGUGCGUUUGGGUACACAGGUACAUCGGCUAUAGAUACUGAGUGCGACAUGCUGCGCGGCCGACCUUACGGAGGAGUGGCGCUUCUAUGGAACAAAAGUAUAUUCAAUAAUGUAUCCGUAGUGAGGUGUGAUAACCCGCGUGUGUGUGCCAUUCGUAUUACUAUCGCUGAGAAGUCGUUCAUAGUGUGUAGCGUAUAUAUGCCGACGAACAAAGUGGGCAACUUGGUGGAUUUCACAGACUGCCUAUCACUGGUGAGUGCGAUUAUAGAUAAUGAGGACAUUGAGUUAGCAUAUAUUUUAGGCGAUUUUAACGCCCAUCCAAAUGAACUAUUUUAUUCGGAGAUGUUGAACUUUUGCCGCGAGCAGGACUGGACGUGUGCGGAUAUCGACUUAUUAGGAUUAAACUCGGGAACGUAUAGUUUUAUUAGUGAGGCAAAUGGGUCUAAAAGGUGGUUGGAUCACAUAUUAACUACAAAGCACGCUACUAAGAGUAUAACUAAUAUUAAUAUACAAUAUGAUGUACUGUGGUCUGAUCAUUUUCCUCUGUUUAUACAAUGUAACCUAGAUAUAGAGAAAGUAAAUAUGUGUAACCGUAACGUCAAACCGAUGGCUGACAAAGUGAGAUGGGGGGAGAGAAAACCCGAACAAGUUAGUUUAUAUACUAAGAUCUGUCAGAAGGGACUUAGUAACAUUGAUUUCCCAUGCGAAUUUAGCAAGUGUUGUGAUAGUCAUUGUUAUGAGGCUGGUCACAAAAAACUUAUUGACAGUCUAUAUGUAACUAUAAUUAAUAUUUUAUGCGAUGCCGCCUCGACGAGUUACUCACAUAAACGCUCGCAAAAAAGGAAAACUGUAAUUGGAUGGAACGAACAUGUCAGCGAGGCGCACAGGGAGGCCAGGGAGAAGUUCAGGUUGUGGAAUUGGUAUGGGAGACCGGAGUCAGGUUAUUAUUAUGAUGAGAUGCAGAGAAGCCGAGGUAUUUUUAAAGCGAAGCUAAAAUGGUGUCAAAAACACGCUGAACAGAUAAGGAUGGAUAUCCUUGCAUCUCAUCAUUCUAAGCGUGACUUUCGUGGGUUUUGGAAAGCCACGAGGAACCUAAACAGUAAACCUGGCCUUCCUGCAAGUAUUGAGGGCAUAAGUGAUCAUAGGUGUAUAGCCAGUUUAUUUCAAAACCAAUUUACUGUGGCGUCACCCUUAAGGUUGAAGUGUUCAUUACUGGAGGAGGAGUUGAGUGAACAGGAGAUCAAAAUUAGAUUUACAGCGAAAGAUGUUAUCGCGGUUUUCAAAUCUAUGGCACGUGGAAAAUCUCCUGGUCACGAUGGCCUCAGUAUUGAACACCUGAGGUAUGCAGGCCCUCACUUGCCGAGGGUGCUCGCUCUGUUGUACAACCUCUGCAUUAGUCACGCGUACUUACCUGAGGCAAUGAUGAGGACUGUGGUAGUACCAAUUGUCAAGGAUAAGGGUGGUGAUGUAAGUGAUAAAACCAAUUACAGACCGAUCUCGCUAGCGACAGUGGUAGCUAAAGUGCUGGACAGUUUGCUUAGUACACAAUUGGAUAAUUACCUUGAUAUACAUCAAAAUCAAUUCGGCUUUAGGCCUGGACUCUCUACGGAAACUGCCAUAUUGUGUCUUAAGGAAACUGUCAAGCACUACACAGAGAGAGGCACGUGUAUUUAUGCAUGCUUUCUCGACUUAUCGAAGGCGUUUGACCUCGUCAACUACGAUGUCCUCUGGCGGAAGUUAAAGAACACGAAAAUGCCAGUUGAGCUGCGUAGAAUAUUUAAAUACUGGUACCUUAACCAGAGGAAUGUAGUACGAUGGUCGAACGCUUAUUCGGAGCCAUACAGGUUGGAGUGUGGGGUGAGACAGGGAGGAGUGACCUCGCCCAAGCUCUUCAACCUGUAUAUCAAUGAACUUUUAGAGGAGCUCAGCAGCACUACUAUUGGAUGCCACAUUGGCGAUACUUGUCUGAAUAAUAUUAGCUAUGCAGACGAUAUGGUGCUGCUGAGUGCCUCUCCUUGUGGUCUGGCGAAGCUAAUAAAUAUUUGUGAGAAAUAUGCACUCGGUCAUGGUUUGACGUAUAAUGUCAAGAAGAGUGAAUGCAUGGUCUUUCAAGUUAGAGGUAAAGAACUGCCACCAGUACCACCUAUUAAGCUAAACGGAACUCCACUGAAUAGGGUGAACCAAUUCAAAUACCUUGGGCAUGUAGUAACCUCUGACUUGAAAGACGAUGCUGACAUUGAAAGGGAACGGAGAGCGUUGUGUGUUAGAGCGAAUAUGGUGGCCCGCAGAUUUGUUAGUUGCUCAAUUGAGGUGAAAAAGACUCUUUUUAGAGCAUUCUGUACAACCUUUUACACUUCUAGUCUGUGGGCGUGCUAUACGCAAAAACAGUACAACGCUCUUCGUAUACAGUAUAACAACGCUUUCAGGGUGCUGAUGGGACUACCUCGGUUUUGUAGUGCGUCGGGGAUGUUCGCGGAGGCCAGAGUAGACUGUUUCUACACUACAAUGAGGAAACGCUGCACAUCCCUGGUGCGCAGGGUGCGGGCU